UACAAGUUUAAUUUUUUCUGUUAAAAACAGAGCCGCUCAAUCGCAUCCUUUUUAAAUUUUAAAUUUUUUAAGGUUUCAUUUUGAGCUAUUGGAGAAUUGCAUUUUCCAUCAUAUGCAGAGUGAUAUCAGUAUUUGUAAGGAAUGUUAUUUCUAGUCCAGUGACAUAGGAACUGCAACCUUCCAGUCAUUCAGACAUUUCUUCUUGUCUUACCGACAGUGUGCAUCAAAUAUUGUCUAUCAGCUGUCUUUGCAGACUGUAUACCAGAUAUUUCUGUUGUAACUUCUAGGUACCUGAAAAAUGAAAUUAGAUUAUGCUUAACUAGCAGGUUUUUAACAUACACAUGAUGGAUAGUUAGCUUUGUGCGUUUGCCAUACGGCUUUAGAAUGGCAGAGUACGGUGUAGCCGUGUUUUCAUGGCUCGUUUCUUUGUAUUUUGCAUUAAUGCCUUGAGCUUUCAAGCUGUGUUUGUGUCAAAAGCGAUUUGUCUGUAUCACUGUAGAAAAGGAACCUCAGGAAUAUGUGGUCAAAUAGAUGAUUGCUUUGGUGAUGGAUUGCAGCUUAAAUGAAAUGCAAAAAUAAACAUUUUGAAAGAGUCUUGAGAAGUGUAUUUCAAAUGGAUUUAAUAAUUUAUUUAAACUAUUCUUGUUGUAAUUAAUUUUUUCAUUUGUACUACCCUAUCUGAGGAAGAGUAAUUUUGUUUUAUAUUAGUGUAAAAGAACUUGAGGUAGAAAGUCACACUGACUUCACUCUUGUCUUCAUUCUCGUGUAGCUUUUAAUGCUUUUCUCAGGAGACAGGCACAGAUAGUCAAGUGAUGAAUAGUCCCUGGUAAUAGGUAACAAAAAUAGGCUGUAAAUUAGUUUUUUCCUUAGACUAUCUCCAGUUGUGUGCUGCUGCUCCGUGCCAUCCAGGAGAAGGGACUUGCCACGAGUUUGAGCAGUGGCCAGCUCCAAGCGCUGGCUGUUCCCCUGCAGCUUUGUGGGAUGGGCACAGGGAUAAUAAUAAGGACGAGGGUUCCUCGGCUUUAGUUUGGUCGGGAUGGCUUCAUUUGCCCUACGGGAUGUUGCUCUUGCCUUGCUAUUGCUCAUCAUCUUCACCUGAAGAGUUUGGCGUUAACACAUGCUCAGCGUAGGCGGAGUCCUUGAGAAGCACUGUUGCGUUUGGGGAGUCGUUAGCAGGCACCUCUGAGGCCAAUUGUCUUCCAAAGGGCUUGGAUUAGUUUGGAUGGGUUUCUACACACACAGAUAAUCAGGGCAAUUCUUCCAGUUCCAGGCCUUACAAUGGCCAGAAUGCAAAUAUUCAUGAGGAGGGUGGGACCCAUCUCUGUGCUCUUGUAGUUACUCUUUUCCCGUCUGCGUUUUGGCUUGUGCCUGCUUCCCUGGCCAUCCCGUGAUGUGUCCUGUAACUCCUGUGCCGUGUGUGUUCAUAGCCCAGCACCCGGGCCAGUCUUGCCUGGAUGCUCACUGCCUUUUCCCCUGGGUUGCUGCCACAUCUCUGCAGCUCACCAGCGGUGCUUUUUGCUCAGCAUUAAUUGGGAACAGCUUGGGGUUUUGUCUCCUCUGUGAGAGGAGAUCAGCGCACCUGGUAACGGCAGUGAAUUGGGCAGUCUGUUCCUGUGGCUUGUAUCACCCAAGAUCCCAAGAGAUGGGGGGGAAAGUUUCUGUUUAGCUUAUGGAUCCCUAAGAUACACAACGAUCCGAACCGAUGGAUCCUCUUGAACCCAGGAGUUGAGCUCUGAAGUGCAAAUUCCUGUAACCCGAGGUGUGCACAGCUCUCGUUCUGAGCCGUGGGACAGCGGUCUGAGCCAGGUGUCUCUCCCAUGGACACCACUGCUAGGCAGGAGGAAAAGGAAGCCUGGGGACCCAUCUUGGCACUCCACUGGGGUUUAUGGGUUUUUUUUGCCUGUACCUAAGUGUAACUUCAUCUUAGUUUUAUUUACUGAAGGGAUUAUGAUUUUGCUUCUCCCCCUCUGUGCUCCAGGGAUCAUUAAUCAGUUACUCCAAACCAAAUUGGGCUAAAUUAGUAGAUGCUUCCAGAGACUUAAAUGUUCUGGGCUACAUGGCUGGUUUUUAAUUGUAUAGUGGGACUGUACUUUGCUCCACCAAGAUAACACUUGUUAAAUAAAUGAAAUUUUCAGUUUCAAAGGGAAUUUACAGUUCCAGCAGGUUUUGCAAUUUUCAAGGUUGACAUUAGAGUUACACUUAAAACUACAUAAGACUUACCUCGAUCUGUAUUUAAUGUCUGCAGAAUAUUUCCCUCUGUACACACUUGAGCAGAAAAUUGUGUUACAUGCUUUAUACUUUUGGUCUUCAAUUCUGAUGACAGAUUAGAAUUGGAAGAUGGGUCUGUAUUUGCAAGUUAGUUGGUUUGCUCAUAUUUUAAGUAUAUUCGUACAUAGUUAAUGUGGUGCUGCACAGAGUUUUGUAGGAUGUAUUUCAAUGUGCUGUGUUCCAAUUUCUGUUUGUAAUCUGGUUUUGGCAAUCCAGCAGGCUGUCCCUUUAGCUCCUGAAAUACAAGCCUGUGCUAAAGCACUGCCAUUAACUGUCAUGGCUAAUGCUGAUACAUCUGUAAUGCACUUACCAGAUUGCUAAUUAACUCAUAGCCACACAAAACAACCCACUCAAAAUUCCUUUCUUUGUUGGUAGUCUCAGUGGAUUUGCAGGAUUUGAAAGGGCAUGGCCAGGAUUCAUUUGUUUUGGUGAUGUAAUUAAGAGACUUUUGUGGUUGCUUGACAGUUAAAAAGUUAGGAGUCUGUUUGGCAUGAAAGUAAAGCAACAAUAGAAAUAGUAGGUCUCAGUUUCUUUCAGAUUUUUAGCCCUUAACUGUACAUCUAAUCACCAGAUGUUGCCAGUUUUAUUUAAAACGCCGAUAUAACUGGAGGUUUUAUGAUUUAAGGGAUGAGUAGCCCCAUGAAGUGUUUCAGAAGUUAACUUUAUAUAUUUUUUUGUGUAAAUAGGCAUCACUGCUCAUUCCUAGGAGUGACUGAGAUGCAGUUGUGACGUGCAUCGGCUGGAUGCCUUCUGCAUAUGUAUUUUAGCUAUAUAUACACUUGAUGGUAAAAACAAACCAAAAGCCUAUAGUUUUAAAACCACACUGAUUCGUCUGUUAGGGGCAUUAAAUCUGUUUCCAUUUAUACUUCCAGGGUGAAAAUCAAUUUGGAAUUAAAUGCAUUAUCUCACUAACAUGUGCUGUAAAAUUACUUUAGGAUUGGGGUUUUUUUUGUUAACAAAGGUUAAUCAUGUUCUGAGUUUUUUCAGAAAAUUAGCUCACCUACCAUUCAGCUUUUUUUCUGAGUGUGCAUAUUAGGAUUAGUUACCCAAACCUUUUUUGCCUAUUAAAACACACACAGGUAAUUUAUUACCAGUCAGUCUGCAAUAAAGAAAUGGGAUUGAGGUUCUUUAGAAAGGAAGAUAUGUCUGAGCACUGAUAAUACAAAUUUGGCCAGGAGAGAAGAAAUGAACGAGAAAUACCGCCUGCAUGGAGAGAAACUUGAUGGGCAGUUUGGGUAGGUGAGUUCUGCAGUUGCAUUUGCAGUAGGUCUGCAAGGCAUUCCAUGCACACAGCCCAGCAUUCCUAAUGAUCAGGGAUGUUUCAGGCAUGCUGGAAUCUGGUGUUUGGGACAGAUUAUAUGGGUGGCUCUUCCUCCAGCCAGACUGCUGCUGCUGUGUACUACUACAGCUAAUAAUAAUAACCGAGUCAUUAGCAUGCUGCUCAUUGACCAGCUGCAUUAAUAUGGUUUUUUGUACUUAAUUAAUAUAAAAGGUUGGGAACCCUGGUGUCUAUACCUCUGCAAACAGUGCUGCGUGGGUCUCAAUUGCUUGUCAGCUUCCAUGCAGGAUUUUUGGAAUUGGCUCUGUUGGAAGCUCCCGGAUCUGUUUCAGACCUCUGGCUUAGUAAGCCAUGCUGCUGGAAUGGGGCACCCAGGGCAGAUGUGGUCAUGGAACUGGGUGUUUGCUGUGAGCUGCUUGUCCCAGAGCUGCAGAAGGAGUUAGCUUCUGUCAGCACUGCUGACAGCUCAGUGUUGCUGGAACUACUCUGGCCUCCUUUCAUUAACCAGUAAUUUCUUCUCUAAUAUAUUCAAGAAAUGUGUGAAGUUAGAAGUCAUAUUUGGGAUCAGCCUGAGUGUUCUCACAUGUGUAGGACUUGUUGGUGGGUGACUUUCUAAAUCUUCCUGUGUUUAAAUGCCGUACCUUCAAAAAUAAUAGCAACCUUCACAUUCCCACAGAAUGAAAAUACACACACAUAAUCUUAUUAGUUAGAGUAAGGAUUUGUAAAUAUUCUUUAUUUGCACUGGUUAAUCCAGUUUUCUUUUUAUAUCUAUAAAAUGCAAGCAUUGAUAUCAGACCAUACUUUUAACAGUCACAAUUUGUAGAUAGCAUUUGCUCUAUAAACUGUAUGGAAAUGGCUUUUGGGGGAAAAAGACUGCUGGAACAUGAGGUAAUUUUGUCAGGCUAAAUGUGGUUUCCACUGCUCACACUUAAGUCAGACUGAUGUGUGGUUAAGGCAAUGAUAAAUUUGGUCCUGCAUUUAUUUUUUGUUUCUGAAGAAAUACCAAACACUGUGGUGCUGAAUUAGUCUUGAACUGCAUUAUUAUUAGGAUGUAUCUCUUGUGGAACAGAAACAUUGAAAUACUGUAAAAAGAAUAAAAAGGAGUCUUGAGUUUGACUGCUUCAGGGUGUGUAUGUUGUGCUUGUGCAGUUGAUAGUGCUCUUGCUCUUGGUCAGGUUUUUCUGCAGGACCAGAUUUAGGGACUGUUAUUUAUUAUUCACAACACUUCUUUACCAUGUAGGAAAUUAGAAAGUGAUUGUGUGAUUUGCUGUGAAAUUAUCUGAAUCCAGCUGAUGUUACCAGAUUCUGUAGGAGAGGUUUAUAUUCUGUAUUUCAGCCUUGUUUCCAUUUUAUACUGUGGAUGAUUAAUGUGGUGGAAAUUGCUGUUUAAUUAUGUUUUGCCUUUAUAAGAGACUGGAGAAAAUACAGUAAAAGCAAUUGAGAUUAUGUGAGAAAUCACAUAACAAUUAAGAAGUUGUGUUUACUGAAAGUCAGUCUGACUGACAACAGCACAAACCCCAAUUUUUCAGUGCAGUAAAAUCCUGGAAAAGAUAAGGGCUGUUGAUGAAGAAGGAAAUCCCAGUCUCCUGAAGUGUUUGAUCAAAGCACCCACAGGAUCUAGAUUAAAUUUCUGACCCUGUUACAGAUUUCUGCUUAAUACUGGAAAAGAUUAUCAUGCAGCUACGUAGGGGAGCAGAGGUAAGAUUGUAAAAAGAGUCUUAGUUCUCCUGUGUCUAUUUCUGAGCUUAAAGAUGACAAGUGACUUUAUGUAAUUAGUGGGGGAAGAAAUGCUAAAAGUCUUCUUGGGUUGCCUGAAAAAACUUUGUGUGGAAUAGUCAGUUUUCCAGUCUGUCAGACUUUCUUUUGCACUGAGACUCAGGAGGCUGUAACACAGGAAUUAUCAAUUGAAGUGUGUUUAACCCAAUUGUUAAUUAUAGGUACUAUUUUUCUGUUUUCACACAUUUGUUGCUCAUACUAGUUUUGUGAAAUUACUGCUAUUUGCAAUCAUAUCAGUUGACAACGACCCUAAGGUAGGCAGUAUUUAAUUCAGAAAAAUCUUCAUAAUGUUACACUGCGGACAUACUUGAAUUGAUUUUGGGAUCCAGUUUUGUCAAACAUAGGAAUACACUUUUCUUAAAUUCCUUAAUAAAAGUUUCACUAUUAUGAGGCUAUGUAUUAUUUGCCAUAUUACCCUUCUUGAUUGGUUUUUUAUUGCUGUUUUUAUAAGUUUUAUAAAAUUACAAUGGUUUUGUACAUUAUUUAGAAGUGUAUUAAAAUAAAAGUGAUGUUUCCUUUCAAAUGAAAUAAAUGCAUAUUAUUUCAAACUUCUCAGUGCUGUCUGCAUGAGGGGAGUGAACAAUCACAAGGUUGGUGAAUGUCUAGAGUAGCUUUUUUCCUGUCAUUCUUUCCCAGUUUGCACAUUCUAAGUUUGUAUUUGUAACAGUAAAUUUUCUUCCAUGCCUGCUAUUACAAACUUUAUUCUAUUUCCCAUUAAUCAUCCUCUUCCCAUUAAGCAUCAUCUUUGUCUCUCUAAGGAGUUUCUGCUACUGUCUCUGCAGGAUUUUUCCUUUGUCCAGCAGUCCAGUUAUUCUUUAAAUUGCUAAUUUCUGCUUUUUUCCAGCCACACUGGGCUGUCCUCUCAGCUGCUGGAGUUCCCAAGUGCCCCAAAUCCCCUUUCUGCCCCAGAGCAGCCAUGGCCUCUACCUUGCCCUCUGCCAGCUCUCCCCUUGCUUUUCAGUUGCCUGAAUCCCACCUGCUGUUUUUUAAUUGCUGAUUCCUAGUUUUUAGUGGAGAUUCCUGUUUCCAGCUGCUACAUUGAGUUUACAUAAAAACCUUUCUUCUAACAUUGCAUCUUUUCUCCAAAACGAGUGAUAGCUCCCAGAAAAUUCUAUUUGUUUGCGUGUUGGUGAAGGAAAAAUUACAGGAGGUGCUCUGUAGAUAGGCGACUUCUUGAAAAAAAUUAUUUGUUUUUAACUGUCCUUUCCCCCCUCACAUUCCUUUGGUUUCCAAGUAUGGAGAAUUUAAUGUGUGCCUAUUUUUUUUUUUCUGUUCAGAUAAUUUGUAGGGGGUGAUGGCUUGUUUUUGAUUUGUUGUGGUUUUUUUAUUAUUUAAUAAGAGCUUGCACCUCUAUGUUUUGCUGGAUGCUGUUGAAGGCAUGGAUCAGUGCUAGAGAGGAGGUGGCUGCCUGUGCUUGGACACACUCUUCAGUUCAGAGAUUUUCUGCCAGAUUUUUUUGCCUCAGGCUGAUCUUUUGAGAAGUGUUUGAACCAUCUCAAAGAAUGGUAGACAAUGUUAUUAGCUCAGAUCAAUCGAGACUCUCAGGGAAUGACGGAGUUUUCUGGAGGAGGAAUGGAGGCCCAGCACGUGACUCUGUGUCUGACAGAAGCUGUAGCUGUGCAAGGUGACCCUUCAGAUGGUGACAACUUGGAAAACAUGGAAGGUGUAAGUUUGCAAGCAGUCACCCUGGCUGAUGGCUCCACUGCUUACAUCCAGCACAAUUCUAAAGAUGGCAAAUUAAUGGAUGGCCAAGUGAUUCAAUUAGAAGAUGGUUCUGCUGCUUAUGUUCAACAUGUACCUAUGCCUAAAAGCAGGGAGAGCCUGCGCCUGGAGGAUGGACAGGCAGUUCAGCUGGAGGAUGGAACCACAGCAUUUAUCCAUCACACCUCAAAAGACAGCUAUGACCAGAGUGCCCUGCAGGCUGUGCAGCUGGAGGAUGGAACCACUGCCUACAUCCACCACACGGUGCAGAUGCCCCAGUCUGACACCAUUCUGGCCAUCCAGGCUGAUGGCACAGUGGCAGGACUGCACACAGGAGAUGCUGCCAUCGACCCUGACACCAUCAGUGCUUUGGAGCAGUAUGCAGCCAAGGUGUCUAUUGAUGGAAAUGACAGUGUUAGUAGCACGGGAAUUAUAGGUGAAAAUGAACAAGAUAAAAAAAUGCAGAUUGUCUUGCAAGGACAUGGAACAAGAGUGACAGCAAAAUCUCAGCAGACUGGAGAGAAAGCCUUUCGCUGUGAUUAUGAUGGCUGUGGAAAGCUGUACACAACAGCUCACCAUCUUAAGGUGCAUGAAAGGUCUCACACAGGAGACAGACCAUACCAGUGUGAGCAUCCUGGAUGUGGCAAAGCCUUUGCAACAGGGUACGGGCUGAAGAGCCACGUGCGCACGCACACCGGGGAGAAGCCCUAUCGCUGCACCGAGGAGAACUGCACCAAGUCCUUCAAGACUUCUGGAGACCUGCAGAAGCACAUUCGGACACACACAGGUGAAAGGCCUUUUAAGUGUCCCUUUGAAGGAUGUGGCAGGUCAUUCACAACAUCUAAUAUUAGAAAGGUUCACAUCAGGACACACACGGGCGAGAGGCCUUAUUACUGUACAGAGCCAGGAUGUGGGAGAGCUUUUGCCAGUGCAACUAAUUAUAAGAAUCAUGUGAGAAUACACACAGGGGAGAAGCCCUAUGUGUGUACAGUUCCUGGCUGUGACAAACGUUUCACAGAGUAUUCCAGUUUAUACAAACAUCAUGUUGUACAUACUCAUUCCAAACCCUACAACUGCAAUCACUGUGGGAAGACCUACAAGCAGAUCUCUACCCUUGCUAUGCACAAACGGACAGCACACAACGAUACAGAGCCCAUUGAGGAAGAACAAGAGGCUUUCUUUGAGCCACCUCCAGGUCAAGGUGAAGAUGUGCUCAAAGGCUCCCAGAUCACCUAUGUGACAGGUGUUGAGGGAGAAGAUGUCAUUUCUGCACAGGUUGCUACAGUCACUCAGUCAGGAUUAGGCCAACAAGUAGCGCUCAUAUCCCAGGAUGGAACCCAACAUGUGAACAUUUCCCAGGCAGACAUGCAGGCCAUCGGCAACACCAUCACCAUGGUGACACAAGAUGGCACCACCAUCACCGUCCCUGCCCACGAUGCCGUCAUCUCCUCGGCUGGCACGCACUCGGUGGCCAUGGUCACUGCAGAGGGCACCGAGGGACAGCAGGUUGCAAUUGUGGCCCAGGACCUAGCAGCGUUUCACAGUGCCUCCUCAGAAAUGGGACACCAGCAGCACGGACACCACCUAGUGACUACAGAAACCAGACCUGUCACAUUGUUGGCCACAUCCAAUGGGACACAAAUUGCAGUACAGCUUGGAGAACAACAGUCUCUGGAAGAAGCCAUUAGAAUAGCCUCCAGAAUACAACAGGGGGAAACACCAGGGAUUGAUGAUUAACUUGUAAAACUGCUACCAGAACAAUAGAGUGAAAGGUAUUUUAUUUUCAACCAACAAAGGUCCAUGCCAGCAACAGCCCGUAAAAACUUUGAAGUCCCCCACUCACUGAUACUGUGUACACAUUUUAUGCAAGAGUGAAGAACAUUUUCUAAGUUUUGUGUACAUAACCCUUGGAAUGGACUGACAUCAUCUACUUCCAACCGUUGCAUUCAGGAAUAUGGAAUUAGGAUUAUAUAGUAAACUUCCUUGUUAUCCUUUCAUCAGAUUUCAGACUGGUCUACAAGCAAGUAAAAAAUAGAAGUAUUGGAAUUAAUUUUUAAUGUCAUGUACAAAUAAUGAAGGCAUUACUGAAGAUUUCAGCUGUUUAAAUAACCAUUUCAGGAACCCUUACAAGUAAUAAAGGCAACAAAGCCUUUUUAAAUUGCAUUCCAUUAAUGGAAAAGUCUUGGAUUUUGAGCCUACUACUGUAAAUCUUCGUAUUUUGAUUUGUUUCAUACAGAUUUGAAUACUCUUUAGAUUAUCUACCCCAUCUCAUUCAUUGUAAAUACAGACUGUUAAUGCUGGAAGUGCUAAUUAUAUUAUCUUUAAAUUGGAUUAUGUACAAAGAACUGGUUGUUGAAUAUUAAAGAAAGUAAAUCUAAUGAUUUUGUUUCUUUACAUAUUUUACUUAAGAUGUUACUCCUGAAUUAUUAUGCAAUAAAAUAUAGCAAGAUUGUAUUGUUUAGAUAGGAUGAUAUUGUCAUGUGACAUACUGUUUUACUUCUUACUGAGACUGAAGUUCAAAUUAUUUAUUUACGGCCUUGUAUAAAUUUUUCCAAAGUUUAUUUAUCAUAAACUGAAUUUUUUGGCAUUAAUUUUGAUCCUAAUCCACUAUAGUGUAUUAAGGAAUACUGGUAAUAGUUAUUUCAGACAUUCUAAAACACUACAAGAGUGAUUUUUCACUAAAAGGUGAAGUUCCCCAUUUUCAAGUGAACUAUUUUCAAAUGGUGCAUUUGCAGCAAAAGUCCAAGUACUAAUAGUUGUUUUCAACAGUUCUGAGUGCCUGCUGCUACCAUUCAGUACCUAGGAUGUGCUUGAUAAUCAGUGCUUUUGAAAAUCAGGACACAAGUUACUAGGAAAAAGGGAUUAAUGAUGAUGUAAGUACAAUGCUCCUCUCCAACUAUCAUUCUGUAAAGGAAAAAAUCCAUUGUAGAUAUGUCUAAAAUAUACAGCAAAAUGUAACUUUCAAUUUUUUUUAUAUGAAGAAGUGUUUUUACUCUUGUCUUGUUAGCAAGCUGGUUAAGCAAGUUAAACACUUUUGGCUUCCUGUAAGAUUCAGUGCUUAUUUCAGAUUAGUGUCAAGAGCACUUCUGAAACUGAAGCCUCACCUUUAGCUUUCUCAAGGGAAGGAUUGAACAGCCUCUGGACAAAGUCUCUAUUAAGGAAUCCCAAGUGCACAUCCUACAUGAAAAAAUAAAGUCCAUAACUAAGUACCUUGAGGUGUUUGACCUCAGAAAGGCCAAGUUUGAAUAGAAUGAGCCAGUUUAUUGUGAAUUACUGUAUCAGUGUGGGUUGUAGCCUUUUAUGUUUUCUACACAGAAGCAGUGAGAGAAUACAGUACUGUGGGAUAGAUGCGGACAAAGGAAAGGCCAUUCUCUGCAUAAACUACAAAGUAAAACUUGAAAACAUAUAGGUUGUCUGUAACUUUUGUAUAGGAUUGAGGUUGCUUGCUCACUUAGGUGCCAGUUUUCCUGAAAUGUUGUAAAUCUUGAUAUCCCAUGGAGAUAAAUGUACUAUGCAAGGAGGAUUAAUUGCCUGUCAACUAGAUCAGUUUCUUAGUACUUAUCACCUUUUAGAAAUUAAAGUUGUAUCAUUUGAUGUGAAUGUUCAAGGUUUUUUUUUUUCCUUAAAUUUCCUUGCUAAUAGUUUCUGAAAAUGGUGGCUGGAACAGUGACUUUGACUUAGCAAAGAAAUAACUUCAGUUUUUAUUUCUUUUCAUUUCCCAGGACAUUUCCUGACCACUGUACAAAUGUGAGUAUUCCUUCUCUUUCAUACAAGUUGGUUUGCUGCAAGGUGUUCAUUCACAACCAGCUCAGUCAGGAAAGCUGUGGUAUUUUAAAAAUUAUUUCUGUGACUGUUACCCUAUCAGUUACUCUUGCAAAACUCCCAAGUCAAAGGUGGUGCUCCCAUGUUUUGCUAGCUCCCUCUACACAAAUAAGGUAAAAUGCUUAGUGUUUAAAGAAGAGCUGAGGUGAUUAUGUGUGCCUUAGCUGCAAGGCCUGCCCUCAUAACAGACCUUGGUGGUUCUCCCCUGCUGCUUCCCUGCAGCCAGCAGUGGAAGGAGCUGUUUUGGUAGCUGAGGCUGCACGUUGGCAUUGGAAGGUCCUGUAGCAAAGUUUAGACAGAACAAGAUUGGGUUAGAUAGACAGGAAAAUUGGCAAAAAGGAUUUCAGGAGGAGGAAGCAGAGAUUAUGACAGCACUGGGUGUUUGGCAGUGGAAAUCUCUGUACUUUACCCACAGAUUCUACUCCUCUUUUGAAAACUGUCUCAGAGGGAAUGCUGUGGCACACACAAAGAAGUAGCUUGUAGAAGAUAAGCCCUGUAAAGCAAAUGAGCUCAGUGUAUCACCACUGCCUCUUGCAGACUGACUCCCACAUUUCCCGUAGGAUUUUUCUCUUGUGUGUCAAUUCCAGGUCUGUACCAAUUCUCCCUAUGAAGGAAUUAUCCCGAAGUCUUUCCAGGCCUCGCAGUCAACUUUUCCCUUUUAAGUAUCUCUCCAGAUUUUCCCUCUGGUGGCCUUUGCUUUGCGGUAGUUUAGUCUCUCCUGAUAGUGAAAGAGGUGAUUAUUUUCGGUGCUGCAGGCUGGUGACCUAUUGUGCCAGACACACUCUGCAUAACAACAGGACGGCUUUUACCGCGAAGGGCUAAUGGUUUUCAUAGGAGUAAAUCCUGCUGUGAACAGCCCUCAUCCUGCUGCUGGGACUAAGGCCGGCUCAGCUGACCGAUACCGCAGGGCCCCUGUGAGACGGGCACGUGGUGUCUGCCCAGCACAGGGCAGGACGGGCUCAGCAGUGAUAAACAAACACAGGCUGAGCUUUGUUCUGCUUCCCGACCCUCCUCACCCCUCCAAUACUGCCCCAGUUUGUCCCACUGCCCGCUCUGGGUUCUGCGAGGGUUCUGCUGUAGCAGGGAAAUCCCUGUGCCUUGCUCGUGCAGUGCACCCAGGGAGCCUUCCCCAGGGAAGCAUGGAGUGGAGUAGGGAUCUCAUCGAAAAUGCUUCUGAAUCUGGCAACUCCAGCUCUACAGAUGUUGAGAGUUGUCACUCUGCAUCUUAAGCUGACCAAGAUGAAACCUGUUCUGUUCACUCUGAGUUUGUCAUUGAAUGGAAACAAAAUUUCUGUGAAAUUUUCAAACAGCACUAAUAUCUGCGUGAUGUGCAAACUGAUUUUCUUAAGCAGUAAGGUUUUGAGACUGGAAAUGACAGGUAACUUGUGUCCUGUUCAGCUAUUAACUUAGAGUUGUUUGAAGCUUUUAAAAAUGUAUUUAUUCAGCAUGCAUCGUUUUUGUCUUGAAAAAGUGGAAAUUGCCUUGUCUUUGCAGAUGCAUAAAAUCAAACUCCAGCCCCUUGUUUAUAAAAACGUACUCCUACUUUUUUAUUUGCAAAGUAUGUAUCUGACACCAUUUUCCCAAAAGUAUCCUGUGUUCUACGGAUAAAACCCUCUAAAGCAUAGACACCUAUGACAACAAAGCAGAAAUCAAGAGCUAUUUUCAAAAGCUGAGGCAGAGAAGCAAGCAUUUUUCCUUGUUGUGUUAUCUGUAUUGUAAAUUGUCCCAUCAGUUUGGCAUUCCUUUGAUUCUGUUUUUCAUUCUGCUGGUGGAGUUCACUUGGCCAGAGGAAAAUGUAACAAUCUCAUUAGGCCAUCACCAUUAGCACUGAGCUGUUGACACCUCAGCCUAUCAGGAAGGGGUGAUACCAGACUUUCUAACCGGGGGUUAUAUUCAAAGCAGACUUUAAUUAUCCCAAUAAACAUAAAAGCUUAUACAAUUAUCCUAAUACACAUAGAAGCCUAUAUCAACAAGUGAGCACUUGGUCCUACACAGUCUGUGUAUUUAUCUCUGCUGGAAAUGUGACCCCCUUAAAUCCAAUCCAUCUCAGGUUCUGAAACAAUAAGAGUUUUCUUUGGAUUAUUACUGUUCUGUUUAAUUAUUUGCAGCACUUUGCUCAAAGGAAUGACAAACCAUUUACACUUUCAGGGCACCAGUAACUGCCUGGAACUUUUCCUGUAAGUAAAAAGUAUCUUAUGUGGUAGUCAAAACCCACAGUGUUUUACCCUUUCUUUUGUUUAAAUCCAUCAUCAACCUUUAAGUUGAAUUGCUGCUGCUUUUUACUUAUUUUUCAAGAGACUUGUGGACUCUCCAUCGUGUUACUGCUUGGUUCUGUAGGAUUUGCUGAGAGGUUCCUGAACAGGUAUCUUAGUGAGGCAGGACAAGGGCAAGAGACUGACUUUCCAGCACCUGGCAGGUCUGCUGGCAUAACAAAAACUACCAAAAGGAUGUAAAAAGCUCCUGGAGAUACAACAAUGGUCCAAAGCUACAUCUCCAGUGGGGUUUUCUCCCUGGUGUGCAAUAACUCAGGGCUAAGUCAGAUUUUAAUAUCGGUUGUAAAGACUGAAAAAUCAGAAAGUGCAAGAAUGGUUUGUGGGACAGGUGGGAUAAGCUGAUUUUUGUUUUUAAACAGAUACAUUCAAGACAGUGAGAGACAGAUUUUUAAAAAAUCUUUUUAUCUGCACACCUAAAAAUGUUUGUAAAAUGUCUUACCUUAAAUGAUGCACUUAAGAGAUUAUUAGAAGAGUAGUAGAUUUGGAAAAAGGCACAGUACCUUUCAUGGUUUUGCAUGUUCCCUGAAGGGGAAAAAGGAAGCAGGUAGGUUAGUGAUAGAGGUAAAUUAGUAGUGUAGUGACUACUUAGUUUCUGUGCAUUAGACAUUGUGACUUUUCAAUUGCUGGUACAAAAUCUUUCUAUUUUGAUAAUUUUAACUUGGCCUCAACAGAGGAUUGGGAUAUUGUAAUUGUACAAGUUUCAGUCAUGGCAAUCUUCCACUCUUCAGAUGUUUUGGAGGAGAUUUCUUACCUGAAUACAACUCUCAGGAACAGAUUGUUUUGCCAUUUUCUGGUUAAGCAGAUUUCAAGUGUUAAGAGGUAAACUUAAAAGCAAAAAAGGGAGUCACUAAAAACUGUCAUGAGUGUUUGCUCUCAUAGUCAUAGAGAAUUACUGAAUUGUAUGUGACUGCUUGGCACAAUCUGUACUUUUUUAAUGUACUUUGUACAUUUUAACUUCUGAAUACCUUUGGAUUUUCCCUGAAAUUCCUAGAUUUUGGAUCCAGAAACUGUUCUUUACUUUGUGGAAACCUUGGUGCUGUCAAAAUCACUGUUCUAUUCUCUA